UUUUUAUUACUUUCCCCGUGAUAGUCAAAGGUUAGAUUACUGAUGAAUUUAAAAUUAUACGAUGAUAUAUAAAAUCAUGUUUACUUCCAGGUGUAAUCAGUGGGUUCUUUCGUGCUGCUCGCCAGAUCUAACAUUGAGAUUUACCUCCGGAGGCACGGAUGCUGUCCAAAAGCUCAAAAUCUGCUCCGACCAUUUCCAACCCUCGUCAUUUCGCAGCCAUUUACAACCAGAAAAAGGGUUGAAGGCUGACGCACUUCCAGUUGAUGCACACGGCAUUGAGUGUUCUUCACCAGUUCAUCUGAAUGUGGACACGAAUUCCCCAACGCAUGGAAGUGCAGUUUUUGAGACGAUCACCGGAAAUUCCACGGAAGAGUAUAUGGAAUAUGUGGAUAUCGAAUACUUGGACGAGUCUAUGGAAGAAAGUACAUACGAAGACAUCGAAUUUCUUGAUAAUAGCACUGAGGAAAUGGAGGUAGAUAAUUGUCAUGAAAUAAAGGCCACAGCCAUAGAUGGUCUCAUAUCCUCGAACGAGUCCUUAAUGGAACCACUGGUGCAAUAUGCUACAGAUAUGGACCUGUGCGUAGACAAUAGUUAUGCAAAUGCGUCGUUAGAGGAAAUGGAAGAAAUUCCGGCUGCACUGAAAUUGUACGAUAGUCCGGAAAAGGAAUCUACCAGAUACUCGGUGCAGUAUAGUGACGACAAUCCCGUGCUAAGUGUUCGGUUGGAUGAUGACACAUUUACAGCAUCAGAUACAAUCAUUACCGUCAAUUAUCAUGCAUUGUUUAAGGAGCAAAAAACAAUAAACUCACAGUUACGCGAAUCUAAUAAAGAUUUAAAGCAAGCUUUACGAAAAAGCAACCGUAAAAGUGCGUGGAGGUUAAAAUCCAGUUUAAACAUUAGGAAAAAAUACCACUCUCUGGAACGCCGGUUGAAACGGCUAGUGAAUAAGAGGAGCAACGAUACCAAUCUGGCAAACCUUGUUCGUAAAAAUCCAGUACUGCACAAUAGCCUUCUAAAUUCUAUUCGAAAGCCCAAAGGUCGAAGGUAUCACGACAAGAGUAAAAAGUUCGCUCUCGGUUCAUACUUGGCUAGCCCGGCAGCCUACAGGUUUGUUCAGCGAUCUAAUUUGUUCGUGCUUCCAAGCAAAAUGUCCAUACAUCGUUGGAAUUCAGACGUUCACAUGAAGCCAGGCUUAAAUGAAGCAAUCCUCAAGCGAUUGAGUGCUAAAUCUGGAACACUUUCAAAAAAAGAUAGAGUUGUCAGUAUUUGCCUUGAUGGAAUGUCUGUAAAACCCGAGCUCUCAUAUAAUGCAAAAAGGGACAUAUUUGUUGGGUUUCCUGAUUAUGGGAAACCAACAAAAUUCGAGAAUAACAACCCUUUGGUCCUGGCCACGGAAGCUGUUGCCGUAAUGAUAUCUGGAAUUACAUCUUUCGACAAGCAUCAUAUGGACGCACUUGAUGAUUCGAAGAAAUUGAACAAGAGAUUCAAGCAGGCCAUUGGUUACGUUUUAGCGCACCAUACCCUUGGAAGCACACAACAACUGAUUUUAAUUGAAGAUACAAUCGAAGCCCUUCGUAUUCGGGGAUUUCAUCCAUUGGUGCUGGCCAUGGAUCAGUGCACCACUAAUGUAAAAAUGUAUUGUGAAGCUGGGGCAACUCAACAAAACCCUGUUGUUACAUUAGCAGGACAGGAAAUAGCUUUUGUAUUCGACAGCCCUCAUCUUUUGAAAAAUACUAAAAGCAUGCUUAUGAAGUACAAUGCAGUAUUCAAAGGUGCAAUAACGUCAUUCGAGCACAUCAAGCAGCUGUAUGAUAAAGAUCAUUCAUCUGUGCCACGACUUGUUCCGAAACUGAGAGAAAAGUGCAUAACUCAAGCUCCUUUCGUCGCAAUGAACGUAGCACAAGCCACUCGCACAUUAAGUAGUUCAGUUGCAGCAGGCAUCGAAUACUACGUAGAAACUAAUGAGUUACCAAUCGCCGCAUUGAAAACUGCUGUUUUCUGUAGGUUUUUUGAUCAAUUGUUCGACACAUUGAAUUGCAGAAAUACAAAUUCUUCGGCAAAGCCCUACCGUGCAUCAAUUACCAACAAUUCUUGCCACUGGAAUUUUCUGGAUGACGCUGUAGAUGUGCUUACUGACAUGUACUUCACGCCAAAAGAUUGCUUCAAUAUCACAAAGAAAUACGAAGACGAUGUGGGUGCAACGACGCGCCAAAUGCGUAUCAAUUUGCAGCCGCAUUUAAAUACGCAGCACUUGCAGCAAACGAAAAAGUUUCAGAGGGCUCCAAUUGUGAACCAGAUACUGCUGUACCACUUUGCGAAGAAACCGGCCUAG